UCACCAGGUGAUUGGUUGAUUGACAGCACCUGCCAGGCACCCAUUAAUCCACGCUGACCUGCUGAGGAAUUGAACCCCGGCCGAAGCUCACGGACCCUGGUAUCACGUUGGAUUUCUGGAACAUGUUUGCGGCCAAAUGUGCUUUACUUGUCAUCCCACUUUUGAUCGCCCGUUGCUAUGGCAUGCCAACAAAGGCACCAGGUGGCUCUGGAGAUGAAGAGGUUGAAGCAAAAAAUGGAACAUUUGGUUUUAACUCCACCAAUAAUAUGACACGUUUCACCUGCGGAAUGGUGGCAAAUUUGGCUUCUGUGCUGCUGUACGGAAGCAGCUUUGUUUCUGUUAAACGCAUCGAGACCGGAGAUGGAAUGUUCUUCCAGUGGCUGUACUGUACAGGAAUCUGGUCGGUGGCCAUGAUCGGAGACGUGAUGCUCCACUCUCCCAAAUUUUAUCCUCUGGCAAUGGCUGGGGGAGUCAUCUGGGCCACAGGCAGUGUGAUGGUUGUCACCAUCGUCAAAGCCAUUGGCCUCAGCCUGGGGAUUUUAAUCUGGGGGUCCUCCAGUUUGCUGAUUAGCUGGGCCACUUCAAGGUUUGGAUGGUUUGGGAUCACCGCCGAUGAGGUUUCCCGGCCGGCGUUGAAUUACUGCGGUGCCGGAUUGUGUCUUCUCAGCGGCCUCAUCUUUUUCUGCGUGAAAACAGACGUCCAGCUGCAUCCCGAUCCUGAAAUUGUUCCAUUACUCAUCGACAGGCGAUCAUGUGACACCUAUGGCCCGGCUUCGUCCAAGUUUUGGAUAGACUUUGUUGGACCCAAACGCAGACGCUUCAUAGGCUACCUGAUGGCCGUGAUGACGGGCAUCUUCUGCGGCUCCUCCUUCGCGCCAAUGCUCUACAUCAAGAGUCAUUCGUCAUGCCACGACAGCAUGUUCCAUGGAGCAAGCGUUUACGAUCUGGAUUAUGUCUAUGCGGAAUCUUGUGGGAUAUUUGUGGCCAGCACGGUGUACUUUGCCAUCUACUGUGUUGUCAUGAGGAGCAGGCCAAGGAUCUACUCCAGAGCUGUUCUCCCAGGCCUGUUGUCGGGCUCCAUGUGGGCGUUGGCUACGUACUGCUGGGCCCUGGCCAACAAUUACUUGAGCGCCAUAGUCACCUUUCCCAUAGUGUCAGCGGGAUACGGGCUGGUUGCCGCACUCUGGGGAGGCCUUCUGUUCGGAGAGAUUAAGGGAUUCGUAAACUGCUUAAUUUUCUCCCUGGCAUCCUGCGUGGUAUUGGCGGGCUCCUUGUUGACAGCCAUCUCCAACCUGUGAUUGGUGUAAAUCUUCAGUGUUGCACUUUUUUUGAUACACUGCAAGCAUGUAAACUGUUUUGCAUCAGCUUCUGACUAAUAAA